AAAUAAUUGCUGUUUUACAGUUGUCAUGAAAAUGAUCUACUGUAUAUUUCAUAGUCUGCUGAUACAUAUCUACUGUAUAUUUCAUAGGCUGUUGCUACAAACACAAGUUUAAAAAGCCUAUAUUUUAAGACAACAAUCGUCUUUAAAUAAAAAAAAAGCAGGACACGUGUACAACUUGAAUACAAAAACAAUCUUAUAUUACUGUGAACAUACGGUAGGCAACACAGCAACGAGAACUACGCGCAACCGCACUAGACAAAUGCAGGGUUUUAUCUCACGCAACCUAACAAAUAUAAUAUUCACUUAACAAACUUCUACGCAAUUGUUUUUGUCAGACCAAAAGUAGGGAAACAAUGCGGUUUUUUUUUUUUCUGCAAUUCAAAGGGCGAACUCCACAAAUCCAGCCACGUGCGGAUCUGACGCUUGCGGGGUCGUGUCACGAGAUGAAUGAGCGUCGGAUAUGAAUCGAUUCUUGUGAAGAUUUUUUUUACUAAAAAAAAUAACAACUUUCAUUGAGGAUUCAUUAGCUUUUCAGACCUUGAUAACUUGUUCGCAGAUUAACCGGAAUUCACUAGCAGUAGAUCUUCACGAAGAUUAGAAAAAUGACUGAAGCCAUGGAUCGACCGUCACAGACAAACAAAUAAGUAACAACAACGUGGAAGCAUUUCUUUAAAUUUUUAAUACAUUUUUUUUUUUAAAUAAAUUUGAGUUGCAAUAAAGGAAUUUCAAUAAAUAAUAAUAACACUGAAUAUUUAUUAUAUGAAUAGGAUUGACCUUGUUAGGGCGUGUUUUGAUGAUGUUUAAAAACAAAAGAGCGUGGUUUUCUCAGAGUGUAAGCAGGCGCGUAUGUGAUUUGUGGGUGGCUGAAGGUGGGAUGAUAACAAACUUGUUCACAGCAGACUAUAUUUUCAGUGAAGAUGCUUGCAACCCUGAUACUCAAAGGAUUUACCAGAGUCUGGAUUAUGUGGAAAAUAGGAUUACGGUUUUUCACGCCUCCUACCUUUCUGCCUGUGAGAAAUCCAAAAACAAUAGAGCUGUGUCUGUGGGUCACUUUGUUCUCCCCCCAGCCCAUGUUCAGAAAGAUAUAAAAGCCGAGUUUGGAUGCUUUAUUUGGGAGAAAGAGGAUUGUUUAACUACAAAAGAAGUACCCUGCGACAGGCUGACUCUGGUGAAAGGGAAGAAAAACAAAGACUUGCGCAAACAACAAAUAUGUGGAUUGAAAACCUCAGAAAGAGGCAUGACGUGUUGUAAUCUCCAACAAUACCCAGUGAAUAAUAUGGUCACAGGUUACGUCUUUAUCGAUGAAAUGAAGAAAUAUUCAGGGGAGUUGCAUGAUUUCACUCCCGGAGAUGCCGGAUAUUCAGUGUACAGAGCUCACUGUGAAAAAUAUAUCUUACCAUCUGGUAAGAACAGAAGGGACAGAAUUCACACCAAUUAAAAUGCACCAGAACUGAUUCUCAGGAACUGUUUGUGUGUUCAAUAUGUAGUCCUGCAGUCUUGGAAAGUUUGUAUACUCACUUUCUGUAUGUUUUAGUUGCAGUACCAAUUAUUUUAACUGAAGUUACUCAAGGCAGAUUUAUUUUUAUUUUUUGUUUAAAAUAUUGCAAAGUUUUAGUAAAUUACAUUUGUAAAUCAGUCUGCAUGUAUUAUUUCUUGAUGAUUUUUUAAAAUCAUACUAAUUACAUGUUAAUUCAUAUUUAUACAGUAGUACUUAUUUCUUAAAGUUUUCUUAACUGAAUCAACUAUGUGUUUUUAUUUUUAUUUUUAAAAUGUUUAUACAUUUGAAACCAAUACUGUAUGAGCCGUUUUGGCUCACAAGUAGGCAAGAUGUUUUCGUUUAAAUGUUCUCAACUGCUUCUAUCGUACAGAUGAAAAAUACAGCCAUAAUGUCUUGGAUGAACACAUUUAAUUCAGUUUCUUACCAUAAAUAAAUAACAAAAUAUUAUAUAUG